CUGCGAGGUGACGUCAGAGGGCGUGUCCAAACGAAGGACAGAAGGGAUUCCACAAUGGGAGACAGCUUUCAUGAUCAGCUGACAGAGGACAGCGCCUUCCUCAGAGCCGACCUGAGACUGGACACGGAGCUGGUGGACAAAGUCAUCCUGCAGCUGAACAGAAUCUACCCGCAGAUCCUGUCAGACAAGGAGGCCACAAAAUUCAGAAACUUGGAUGUGCCCACAAGUGUUCGACUCAGUGAGCUCCUGGCUCACCUGCAGGGGAGAGGAGAGGAGGCAUGCAGGGAGUUUUACAGAGCUCUUCACUUGCAUGUAGAGGAGGUUUACUACAGCUUGCCCACACGGCUCCGCCUCAGAGAUUCCUUAGACCCACUGGCAUAUCCACGUGUCUGCAAACAGAGAUAUGUUCUGAACGACAGAGGUCCCGUCUUCUUUCUGGGCUGUUUCAGUGUUACAGUGGGAAUGGCUCUACUUUAUUACUACAGUGAGGCUAAAGUGGCUGGAGGAAGCCGGGCCCUCGGGAUGGCUGCUCUGGGUUUGAAGAAAAAAGCCCAGGAGGUUCUCAUAUGGUACACUGAAGAAACACUCAUGAAGUAAGGGGCUGACUCCUUCACAACCAGGUGCUUCAGCAGUACUGCUCUGAUGAAUGCCAAUUGUACCAAAGCACAGCACACUAUAUAUUUUCAGGAGUUGAAUUCUAAUUUUGUACACAGUCGAACUGUAUAUAGUAUUUUUGCGUGUGAUCUAAAUUUCUCAAUUUAGAGAAAUUUACAUAUGGGGUAAAUUCAGAUCUGCAUUUGGCACUUUGCUAUUAUUUCCUCAUGUGUUGAUAUCUAUUUAAGUGGAUUAAAGGAGCUGAAUGAAUUCAAGGGAUGAACUCAGCGAAAGCAAAAACAAGCAGAUUAAGCAAGUUGUUCUCACAGCAGUCUUCAAAUGUGAGAUAAAUUAGCUGUUACAAACCAAUUGAAAAAAGAAAUAUUGACUGUCUAGUGAUAAAAUAGGGCAUUUUAAAUAACUUUAUAUUAACAAUGCAGGUACAUUCUUGACCAUAAAGGUUCCAUUUUCAGGACCUCAAAAAGGAUAGCCUCCAUCUCAUCACUACAUUUGUCCUGUUCAUAUUAAUUAUCCUUGAAUGAAGAAAGCAACAACCUGCAUUGUGUGAGCUGAGUAAUUUAAUUUAUUUUGGUAACGAAGAAUUCUACUUCCUUCUCUGCUCAGUUACCACUGAUGUCAAGCAUACUAAAAUACAUUUUCUCUCCAAAUUGAGUCAGAAACAAAGAUUUCUGUGAACUGGUACCGUCCAUAGAUGUAUAAAGAGAAGGUCAUGUCAUGAGCUCUUGUUAGUACUUAGCCGCCCUCUUGUGGCCAAAAGUGAAAUAACUUCUUCACCAAACUGCACAAAUGUGUUGGUUUCAUAGGGGAUUCUCGAAAUCCUGCUUCUCACGUGUAAACAAAAACAAAAGAUUAGUCAUGUGAAGAGCAGCCAGGGGACAGAAAACGAGCUGUGUCCAUAUAAUAAUACUUUUGACGAGAUUUGCAGUCAAGUGAUUGCUUCUACCAAUGAUAUCCCGCUCUACCAGCGCGGUGCAUUGUGGGUAGAGUAACGACUCAAACAAAAUAUACAAAUGUCAUAUAAAGAUUUGUUAUAAUGAAUCGUUACCACAGACCAACUUGUUUCAAAAGAAACAUUCAACAGCUGUGUUUAAUAUAUGUAAUUAUUACUACAACCCAGAAAUGACACCAUAAGUCAAACCAACCUGGGUAACUCAUCGUAUAUAUACUUGACAGACUGCCUUUAUUUAGCGUGUUGUAUGAAAGGAGAGAAGGUUAGCACUCCCCUUGACAAGGAUGGAAUUGGCCCUCGUGGCCAUCAACACACAUACGGUUAAGGCACUGCCACCUACUUCGUGGCAUCUAUAACCAUAUUUUUUUCAAUCGUACAUCUUUGACUUUUGCUAAACAAUGUCUUACUAUCUCUGAAGAUCGUGUUUCCUGUAAUGACCACGUCUCCUGCUCUCCCAAUGCCUUCAAAACCGGAAGCAUGUUGAGUGUUUUCCCAUGUCCUUGUUCCCGCUGGGUCGGGCAGGAUGACGACUUUGUUUCCUUUUGGACCGUAUGAUUUAGCCCACUGCUGAACAUCGGGGUAUUACAUAAACAUUUACGCCUCAUUUAUCUAAAUGUUUCUAAAACACUUCAUCUUUUUUCUUAGUCUUCUUUCUGAGCUUUUUGCCGAUUGUUUAUUAGUACGUUUCUGAUAAGCCUUUUUUAAAAUACAAAGUCUGGCAGAAAAUGAAUUUACCUCAAACAGGCAGAUACAACUUGAUGGUAUUUCUCAGAAUGUUUAAACAGUUUCUUUUAACUAAAUAACAUAUAGAAGGGUCUCUGAACAUACAGUUAUUGUUAUGAUGGUGCUUUGUUAAACUGUAUUUCUGUGUGGGUUUUUUUAUGGUUCAAUCCAAGAAACGCCUCAAAACAUUUAUUCAACUUGCAUGGCCUUGUUAUUAUUCUUUUACUCAACAAUUUGAAAUUUUAUAAGGAAAUACUGAUAAUUGAUUUCUGAUGCUUGUCAAUGAAUGUCUCCGCAUCGAGUCCAGUGCCUGACAGUUUGUCACAUUCUGUGUGUGGUGUAAAAAUGCCUUAAAUCUAGAAGUGCCAGAAGUGCCAUCAUUUGUAGAACUGAUAUUUUUCUCUUUGUACAAUACAAAAAAUGCAUGAUCUGAAUAAAAUAAAGACAAU